AUGUGGACGAAAAGGUACCUCGACUUGACAGCAGACCGCCCGCUAUGGGCGUACCUGGUAGACGACCUGAUAAACAGAAACGUCUCACCGCAAGCUGGGGCGAUAAGGAACAACGCCAAGUUCAAUACAUUCCUUCAAUCCUGGUCCCCCUCGACCAGCAAAGCGUCACACCUACCCGAGUACAUCAAACGCAUGCUCAAAACAGCAAAGAAAUAUAACGUAAGCUUCGCGGCAGUUAAGCUUGACGAACGUACCAAAUCUCAACUACCUAUUUGGUACCACAUUGGCGGAACGAACUCUCUGAGGCGCCUCAACAAUACUGGACACAGCGAUUGCCUGCGCAACUGUCAUCGCAUCUUCACAAUAGCAGACGUUCAACGAGCGAUAGACCGUCACUGCUUCACCACCCUCAUAGCAUCGCGAAAUGAUUACUCACCAGAAUCAUGCUCAUGCCAAGCAUGCCGAGAAGACAGAGAGCGAGGAUGUCGACAUCCACACGCAUGUUGCAAAUCAGCGGCAAACCUUCUACGGCAAAUCCUACCCAAGUGGCAUCCGGACCCGCUCCAAGUUAACGAUGGGCUGACCCUGACACGACGCCGGAAGGAUAAGAACGCGCACGCCUUAGUAGAAGAUGGAGAAACCACCUUUAAUCCAUCCUUAACGACACGUGGCCCCCUGUCGGAAGCCAUACGCGUUUUCGUAGACCCCUCCGUACACAGCGCACCACCGGCCAUAAGACAGAGACGCGGCCGCAUAGUUGAAGAAGAGUCCUGUACUGUCUUC